AUGAACUUGAGCCAACCAUUUCGACCGCCUGUCACAAAACUAAUUUUUACAUGGCGCAACACAACCCUAACCCAUUCCAAUUGCUUAACUUCCCCACAACCAUCACCAUCCUCUCUGCAUUCAGAUUCAACCUCAUUCCAAGUCUCCUAUCUCAUCAACAAUUUCGAUUUCUCCCCACAAACCGCUUCCAAACUUUGCUCCGCCUACCGUCUUGCUUUCAAAACCACCCAAAAUCCUGACUCUGUUAUCAACUUCUUCACAAACUACGGUUUCUCUAAUUCCCAGUUACGCCACGUGAUUUCCAGGGUACCAUGGCUUCUUUCCUGCAACCUCUCCAAAAGGGUGUUACCAAAGUUUGAAUUUUUUCUCUCCAAAGGUGCUUCUAACUCUGACAUUGUUAACCUUGUCAGCAAGAACCCUAGAAUCUUGUGUCCAAGCUUGGAGAAUCAUAUAGCCCCAACCUAUGAAUUGGUUUAUAGAUUCUUGCGAUCUCACAAAGACACUAUUGAUUGUGCACUUCACAAUUCAUCUGUCUUUCGAGACAGCAAUGUGACAAAAAAUAUCAGAUUGCUCGUUGAGAAUGAAGUAACCGACGCAAACAUUGCAUUAAUUCUUCGAAUGAGGAAUCGGACAUGGCAGGAGCGUGACAUGCUGAAUUUAGUGGAUGAAUUAAAGGGUUUGGGGUUUAAUCCUUCAAAAACAACUUUUGGUGUAGCAUUGAUUGCGAAAACAAAAGUAUGCAAAACCAGGUGGAAGGAGAAAGUUGAUGCCUUUAAGAAGUGGGGUUGGUCUGAUGAAGAUGUCACUGAAGCAUUUAGAAAGCAACCUUAUUGUAUGUUAACAUCUAUUGAUAAGAUUAAUUUAGUGAUGAAUUUCUGGGUAAAUCAAUUGGGCUGGGAUGCUCUGGACCUUGCCAAACAUCCGGCGGUUUUUUCAUUAAGUUUGGAAAAAAGGAUCAUUCCAAGGGCCUCGGUUGUGCAAUUUCUUCUGAAUAAUGGUUUGAGAAAUAACAAUGCAAGCUUAACUACUCCAUUUACAGUGCCUGAGAAGGUGUUUCUUGAUAGGUUUAUAAAACGUUUUGAGAAGGAGUCGUCUUAUCUAUUAAACUUGUACGAGGAGAAACUCAAUCUUGCAUGUGAUGAUUAG